AUGCGAAGCAUGUCCUUGGCCCUACCUUGUCGAUUCCAGGACAAGGGCGCACCCGGGCGACCGAGGAAGCGGCCACGACAUGAGCAACACGACCGCCAGCUAGCCACGCGAGAGCGCGAGCGAGGAGAGCCGCGCCAGCUUCCUCCGCACAGCUUCCAGAUCUCGCCAGCGCUUGCUCACGAGCCGAUAGAAGACAAAGAUGUCGAAAGUAUGCUGCUAAGCGACGACUUCAGCUCCUUUCCCUUCGAACUCUCCGGGAGCUGUGGACUCGGUGCCUGUGCCCUUGAUUUCACAGGAAAUCUCGAUUUCAGCUCGUUUCCUAUCGGGCCACUCUCUAAUUCGCACGCGGGCGGGGAGCACGAGCACCCCGAGGCGGUCUCGGAGAUGUCCUUGCCCUCGUGUAUCUCGCCGCCCCUCUCUCCGCAAUCGUGUCAAUGUGACGAGGAGGUCUCCGAUGCCGUGCGGGCCCUGACGCGAGCCCCCGCGUCACACAGCCUCAUUCAGAAUCUCCGCGACGGUAUCGGAUUGACCGAGAAGCUGCUCACCUGUCCCGUCUGCUAUGACGUAUCGAAGCCGCCUCGGAUCACGGUCCAGAACGUGCUUUUGAUCGGCCGGCUGAUGUUUGAGGUCACCUCCGGGUAUCAACGGUAUCUACGGUGGUUGAAAACACACUGCCAGGAGUUAGAGGAGAAGAGCAGUAGCGAGACGUUAUACCUGAUUCCCAGUCUGGGGAUCGGGGCCGAGCUAGGUCUGAAGAUCAGUGGACAGAAAUUCCACGACGUCAUCACGCAUGGCCUGCACGCGGAUACAGAUCGAAUGGAGGCCGUCGGGAAACAGUUUGCACAGAGGCAGAAGAAUCGACAUCUGAUCGGCCAUGAAACGUGUCCGGAUGAGGAGGGGCGUUGUCGAAGAGAAGAGUACGGGCUGGACCAUGAUCCGCUGGAUUUGUGUCCACAUAAUGCCGCCUCGAGGAGGUUAACGCCUUGUUUUCGGAUUGUUGAUGAGGUACGAGCGAUGAUACAGCAGGUUGCAGAGGGGUUGGACUGA